AUGAUUUUUUUUUAUUAUCUCUCAAACACCGAAGUACAAUAUCUUUCAGCUGCAUUAAAAAAUAAUUCGACACUGCAAUCAUUAAAUCUUCGAUCUAAUCAAAUUAGAAACCAAGGAGCGCAAUAUUUAGCUGAUGGUUUGCGACAUAACAAAACACUGAAAACACUAGAUCUUUACAGAAAUCACAUCGGAGACGACGGUGCACAAGCUCUCGCUAGUGCAUUAAUAACCAACACAACGUUAGAUUCACUUAACCUCGACGGUAAUUUAAGUACAUAUUGUGUGACUGUUGGAGCAGCUGUGGCAAUUCGAAAAAAUCAAACACUAUCGUUGUACAAACAUCCAAUGCAAGAAAACGAUAUUCAACAUCUUGCUAAUGCUCUUCGAAAUAGCAUGACACUUACAACAUUAGAUCUUUACAAAAAUGGACUCGGUAAUAAUGGAGCAAAAUAUCUUGCUGAUGCCGUAGAAUAUAACACAACACUCGUUCAACUUCAUGUUCGAUGGAAUCAAAUCGGUGACGUUGGAGCACAUUAUCUUGCGGAUACUUUACGAGAGAACAAACAACUGAUUUCGUUGGAUCUCUGGCGCAAUGAAAUAGGGGACAAAGGAGCAGACCAUUUAGCUAAAGCUUUGAGACACAAUAGGACACUCACUACAUUGAACCUUCGAUUGAAUAAAAUAACAACUACCGGUGCAGAACAUUUUCGCGAUACUCUACAAAAUAGCAAGACAUUGACGACAAUUUAUCUCGAUAGAAAUGAUGCUGGACAAUCCGAAUCAAAUAAAUCAAUGGAAGAUUGUCAAAUAAAGUGGAU